AUGGCAACCUCCGAAGCUGAGAUCUUUGACACUUUGGAGGCGUUGGAAGCUCCGGUACCUGACGAAAAACGUUUGGAGGAGUGGAUGGACGUGAUUGGGGAUGCGGAUCAUGAUGCGAAUGAGCAUUUCUGGGUUCCGGCGCUGGCACAAUUUCUUACUUCCAUGCGCUUGACAGAUGAGAAGUUCCUUCGAGCGACGCCAGCGCGUCGAAUCACGAGGCGCGCUGGGCGGGCGUUAAGACAAGGCACGCAAGUGAGCUUUGCGGAUAGCCAAAUGGUUAAAGAGAUCAGCAAAUUCAUAUCCCAUAGCUGGCACGCAUCACCAUUGCUGAAGACACUGACCUUGCACAGAUUUUACAAUUUGAAGGCUGCUGCGCUGGCUGGUACUCUGGGUGCAGUGUUGGGGACGAUCCUUUUUUCUUGCGGCCUCUUGCCGGGCUUCGAGAGAGCUCCGAGAUUUGGCGAGGAACCACUCCUUCAGGGACUGUGGUCUUUAUGCCUAGGGCAGCUGCUUUUUGUGUUGGUGCUGAUUUUCCGCGCACCUCGAGAUAUGGUGUUUUUGGAUCGACUCUGCAUCGACCAGGAAAGCCGUCGAGCAAAGGCAGAAGGGGUGCUGAACAUCGGAGCCUGUCUGAAGCAUUCCAAGUCUUUGCUGGUGAUUUGGGACGUGACCUAUUGCCAAAGGCUGUGGUGUUUGUUCGAAAUGGCGGCCUUUCUGAAAACCCACCAGGACGAGGCAUUGAUCAUCGAGCCCGUGUCUCUGACAGUUUAUGUCUUGGGAAGCUUUUGGUUUAACACGCUGAUGUGGUCUACCAGCGUGGUACUUCCAAAUGACAGCCCCUUCACCGCUCCUAUGUUGCUUCUGGGAACCUGCACCUAUGGCUGGGUCCUUGCAGGGGUUCUGAAGAGAUACUCCCAAAGUCUUCAGAGCCUCAAGGCUCAGUUGCAGAAGUUUCGAUUUGCAGAGGCUGAAGUCUAUUGCUGCUCUGUGCGGCACAGGACUCAAAACGGGGCAGACAUACUGUGUGAUCGUGGCAUCAUGCAGAAAUGCGUUCAGGCUUGGUUCGGUUCCGUGGAGGAAUUUGAGCAGUCGGUUCAAACCGGGGUGAAGGAUGCCUUGGACAGGCAUUUUGGCGGCAAAUUCUGUCCGAGUCAUUUGGUGAUAAUAGCAGCCCUUCCCUUACUGUGGGCCCAAAUGGACUUUGCAGCUGCAUGGUUUUUGCAGCGGGAGAUGAUGGUCGGACUCGGCAAUCUGAUUUUUGGCUUGGCAAGUACCUUCAUUGGUUCUUUGGCAGUGCCAGGACUGGUCUUGGUCUCCAUGCGGUGCAUGCCCCGUUCCUACCCCAGCCUUCAGAAGCUCGUGGCAAGUGCCACAUACACGGCGGUGCUCCUCAUUUCCCUAGGCGUCAUUGAGCUCUUGUUCAACUCCUUAGGCGUUUUGCCCGGCUCCCUGGUCUUCAGUGCAUUGCUGGUGCUGCCUAGCGUGGUGGUCUGGAAGUGUUGCAGCCAAAUCUUCUAA